UAUGGCACAAGCCAGUGCUCAAGCUGGAUAUCAAAAUAACCCACAGAGCAGUGCAUAUUCAAGUAGUACACAAAGUGGUGGAUAUCCAAAUAGUAAACAAGGAAGCUAUCCUGACACUACAUGGACAGCAACAUUUCCUCAAUUCAGUUAUCCAAAGACCACUCGUCAAACAGCUUAUCCACAGGCUUCCUUCCAACCUCAGUCAACCAAUACUCAGACUGGUCCUCUGCCUUCUCAGCAGGGAACUAGUUUACCACAAACAACUCCCCAACCAGAGACUAUAUCACAAGAGCCAAAGUUACGAGAGAUACCAAUUGCCCAUGAAACAUUUGUGCCUCGACAGCCACCACCGCAUAAUCAAACACACAUGCCGCAGCAGCCGCAUCAUCCACAACAGCAACAACAAAAACCACAGGAACAAAGGGUGACACCUACACCACCGAGCCACUCACAAAGGAGUGAAACACCUAACAGCAGUCGUCAGUCUCCUGAAACUGCUGCCCAGUCUGGUAACGGCAAUGGAACCAGUACACUAAAAAAGAAACCCUCUACACCGAUGGAACAAAUUGAGGAAGUGGUAAAUAAUAUAGGGGAAUAUGAAAUGAGGGUCACUCAGUUUAAAGGAACUAAAAAAGACAAGGAGUAUAAAGUGUUAGAGGAAAUGCUGACAAAAAAUUUACUGAAACUUGAUGGCGUGGAAGCUGGUUGUGAUAAUAACGUUCGUCAAAGGCGAAAACAAAUAGUGAAAGAGAUUCAGGCUUAUUUAGAUCAGUUGGAACUUAAAGCUUUUUCUCAGGAGCAGAUAGAGUUGUGAAAUGGAAACAAGUUCCAAAGAUGAACGAACAGAAAAUAACAAUAAAAGCGCCAGUUUGGAAUCUGCUAAACCGAACAAUAAUGGCAACGGAAAGACAGAACCAAUGGACACAUCUGAUCUACAACGGAAAUCUGUAAGAGAAAUUGUUGAUCAAGUAGAAAAUACUAAAUGCUAGUUGUAGAUGUUAUUUGUGUUGAUUAUUUAUUAAUAAGCUUUUUGUUUAUGACUUUUAUUGCAUGGUCUGUACAAUGUAUAUACUAUAUAGAGACACAUUUUAUUGUUUUUGAGAUGUAUAAAUUGUUAAAAUAUAUAUGCCAUGUAUGUUACUCAAUGGAAUUUUAUGAUCUAUUAUUAUUAUUAAGUGCUGUUGUAGUUUUUUCUUGGGGUAUGUUAAUAAAGUACUACACAAGGAAUAUUUAUGUAAUACACAAUGUGUUUAAGGGAUAAACUCUUUUUGUUUUUAUAACAUAAUUAGGGAAUUUAAUUUUUCGAAACUUGUAUUGUUAACAAAUGUACCUUAAAAAUUGAGGAAACAUGUCUGUUUCUCAAUACCAGUUCAUAUGAGUGCGGUGUAUAUUUUAAUCUACUAGGCAGUGGUAUUUUAAACAUAAGCUGGAUUCCCUUGGUUAAAUAUUAUUGGGGGGAAACAAUGACUGAUAUAGAAACAAGUAUUUUGAUUAAAAGUUGUAAACAUGUUAUACAUUUCUUCCAUCUGAUGACGGCUUUUCUAGAUGUAACACAUACAUGACAUACUGUCUUUUUGUCCAGUCUUUCGACUUUUGUCGAAAAAGGGAGACAUAGCGAUUCUACAUUCUGUUGUUGUCGUCUUAAGUGUCCAUAAAUAUUCACUCUGUGGUUUAAGUUUUUGAAAUUGAGAUAAUUGUCAUGGAUUUCUACCAAACUUGAACAAAAGCUGAGGGCUUUUAGCAAAAGUAAUAAAUGGUUUGAGUCAUGUUAGUAUAUAUAUUAUAUAAAGUUAAAAUACUUUUUCAAUUAUUAGUUUUACUUUAUCUGCAUAUUUUAACUUUAUUUAGACUUUGUUAUGCUACUCAAUAAGUCUUCUGUUUACAAAAUACAUAUCUGACAUACAUGUACUUAAUGAUAAGGUUGGCUUCUUUGAUGAUUAUCUCCCCUGAAACAAAAGAAGCAUUAUGUGAGACAUAGUUAUUACUCUUCCACAGCUUUGUAAACUAUUUAUAAGUACAAUAAGCAAAAGGCUAACUAGAUAUGUAUUUAGUGUAUUGAUUGAUUGUAAGGUGUAAAUGUCUGUCUUGCAGGUAUCAUGUGAAAUUGACCUUAUUUUUAAGGUUCCUUGGUAAAUGUUAAGUUUUUGUGUUAAGUUAACUGUUUGGUUUAUGGAAUAACUGUAAUUUGUACAUGUCAAUCUGACAGGUUGUUUUAUCGGACCUUGAUGCUUUUGGUAAAUGUUAAGAUUUUCAGUUUUUGUCCUUUAAAGUACUUCAAGCAAAACAUGCAAAAGGUCAUAUAAAACAAGUGUAACAUGGUGUAUGAAACAGUUUGAAGGUGUAUAUGUCUGUCUGGCAGGUAUUGUCUGACCUUGACCUCAUUUCUAUGUUUCAUUUGUCAAUGUUUUUUUUUAUCUCUUUUACAAUGAUCAUAAGCAAUAGGUCAAUCAUAUUUUGUGUAUAAAAAAAAAUGGAAAGUGUAUUAUGUCUGUCUGACAGUAUUUAUCUGAUUUUACUUUCUGUAAAUAUUAAACUUCAAAUAUUGUAGACUUGCAACAUAAAAUCAAUGGUUAGUAAAGCAGGCUAGACAUUUCACUGUGUCCACUCUUGUUGUUCUAUAGCUUAUUGAUUUAUUAAAUAUUGACUGUGAUAUAGUGUGAGAAAGUGAAUCUCUUAUUCGUAAGGUUGUCAAAACUGUGCAGGGUACAUGGUAAAUAUAUAUUUUAGAGUUUGAAAUGUUUUCUUGGGCCAAUUAAAAUAAAACUUGUGGUUUUAACAUUCUGAAAAACAUUGAAAGCAUUAUCAUGAUUAUUAAUUGAUGACUUUUAUUUAUUUUUGGUCUGAUUUACUUAUUUUAGCUUUAAACAAAUCAGAAGUGAUUACAUUGAGGGUAUAUUAUGUAAGGCUUUUCUCAGAAAUAAACAAAUGAGGCAGGAAUGGAACUUUUUUAUAAUUAGCCAUUCAUAAUAUAAUAUUUUCUUCUUACCACUUACUAUCACAACAUUUGUAUGGAAAUGUAGAAACCCAUAUAGAAUUAUUUUGUUCUGCCCACCCCUCAACACAAUUAAUCUUUGAAAAGCCCACAGAGAAACUGCAUAGACUAUUAUUUUGGUUAGUCUAAUAAUUGAAAUAUAGCAGUAUCAACAUGUAUCAAACAUUUAAACUAUGAAGUCAUUACAUGUAGUGUUAUACAGAUUGAUUAUAAAUAAAACUGGAAGAAUAAUUUUUACAGACUCCAUUUUCUCACAUAAUAUAUAUAUAUAUAGAUAUAUUACCAACAAUCUGAAUUAGUUCUGAAUGAUAAAUUUUUAUUUUCAAAAAUAAUAUAUGAAACACAAGUACAAGUUUAUUUUAUUGAUUUGUUUUUGAUGUUAAGUUAUAUUGGGUUUUAAGUUAUGUCAGUUAUAAUUAUGACCAGCAUUAUUUGUAUUAAGUGUGUGAACAAUUUGUGAAAGAGCCUGGUUGUGUGUUAAGAUUUACAAAAGAAUUUGAAAAUUAUUAAAGGAUUAAAUCUGAUAUAAGAAAAAUCAUUAUGUGGAAUACUCUUUGUAAAAGAUGUCUUUCAUCCUGCUUUACAAUAUCAGAGUUAGUGCCCCUUAAUGUGAAACUUUAAAUUGAUGUUCAAGUAAUUGAUCCUUAAUGUUUAACCUUGGAUUGGCUUGUAGUAUCAUCAAUGUUAAUCGAUGCACUGAUCU